CCUCGCCGCAGCGCUGUUCCUGCUACCAACAAUGGUGUCAAGCGCGGCUUGUCCUUCAACGAUGCCAGCCUUCUCAAGGGCUUCACCUCUGGGCAAGUAAAACACAAAGCGUCUUGGGCCUACAACUGGGCCUCUUCGACGAGCUCCUUGCCUAGUGGCAUGAACUUCUUCCCCAUGCUCUGGGGUAGUUCUUCCGACCACACCAGCGUCUGGAUGAAGAACGCCCAGGCUGCUAUCGACGCCGGCAGCACCCACCUCCUCUUCCUCAACGAACCCGACCUUUCCUCCCAGUCGAACGUCGACCCCGCCACGGCGGCGAAGCUCUGGAUGCAGUACAUGCAGCCCUUCGCCGGCAAGGCGACGCUCGUCUCGCCCGCGAUCACGAACAGCGGCUCCUCCGGCCAGGGUACGAGCUGGAUGGACUCGUUCAUCUCCCAGUGCAACAAGCUUGGGUGCCAGGUGGACGCGAUCGCGGCGCACAUCUACUCGGACGCGAGCGCGGUCGACUACUUCAAGUCGUACAUCUCCGGGCUCUCCAAGUACGGCAAGCCGGUGCUCAUGACCGAGAUCGGGACGAGCAGCGGCUCUGCGUCGCAGCAGGCCGCGCUCGUCGACGAGCUCGUGCCGUUCCUCGACGGCCUCGACUCGGUCUCGCACUACGCGUGGUUCAUGGCCGGCCCCGGCUUCCUCGUGAACAACGACGGAAGCUUGACCUCGCUCGGGCAGACGUACCAGUCCGCUUGA